AUGGCUUGGUUCACCAUGGUUCAUGCUCCCGCAUAUGCGGCGGACAGGAGGCUGCUUGCUGCUACUGCUACUGCUACUGCUACUGCUACUGCUACUGCUACUGCUGCUGCUGCUGAGAUCGCCCGAGCUGCGUGCAGGAGGGUCGCCGCCGCAUUCCUCCAAAAAGCCCCUCCAAUGCCUACCCUGGGCUUCCUCAAGAAGAAGCGGACGAAGGACUCGAACGGCUCCAGAGACCUGGAUUCGCCGACUUCGCCCAUCAAAGACACAGCCACGCCCAUCACGCCCACGACGUCGCGCAAGUCGGGCUCGUUCCAUCUUCACAAGACAAAGACCAACGAGUCGCUCACCAACACGACCACCAACACCACGGCCCCGGCUGCGCCUGCCGCCCAAUCCAAGCCGGCCGAUUCAAUGAACCCCGCCUAUGCGCAACAGCAGCAGCAAUCGCAGCAGCAACACCAACAUGGCGCGAGUCCGCAGUCCAAUCCGCAGUCCUCGCACAACACGCCCAGCAUACAGAAUCUAAUACACCCCAACAAUGCCACCUCGCCCCAGUCACCUGCUAAGAAUGGCGUCGUGCAGUUCCAGACGCAGCCGCUCAACCAGGCGCGCGUGACAAAGGGAAAGUACUCGCUCACCGACUUCACCAUCCAGCGCACCCUCGGCACUGGCAGCUUUGGCCGAGUUCAUCUAGUCCAGUCCAAGCACAAUCAGCGCUUCUACGCCGUCAAGGUGCUGAAGAAGGCCCAGGUGGUCAAGAUGAAGCAAGUCGAGCACACGAAUGAUGAACGGCGCAUGCUCCAGCAGGUCAAGCAUCCGUUCCUCAUCACCCUGUGGGGAACCUUUCAAGAUUCAAAGAAUCUCUACAUGGUCAUGGACUUUGUAGAAGGAGGCGAGCUCUUCAGUUUGCUGCGAAAGUCCCAGCGCUUUCCCAACCCCGUCGCAAAGUUCUACGCCGCCGAGGUCACGCUUGCGCUCGACUACCUGCACUCGCACAAUAUCAUCUAUCGCGACUUGAAGCCUGAGAACCUGCUUCUAGACCGCCAUGGACAUCUCAAAAUCACCGACUUUGGGUUUGCCAAAGAAGUCCCAGACAUUACAUGGACCCUCUGUGGUACCCCGGACUACUUGGCGCCUGAGGUCGUAGCCUCAAAGGGCUACAACAAAUCCGUAGAUUGGUGGUCACUUGGUAUCCUCAUCUUCGAAAUGUUGUGUGGUUUCACUCCUUUCUGGGACGGUGGCUCGCCCAUGAAGAUAUACGAAAACAUUCUAAAGUCGAGAGUCAAGUACCCGCCAUACAUCCACCCCGACGCGCACGACCUCCUACAAAAGCUCAUCACGCCGGACCUUACCAAGCGACUGGGCAAUUUGCACGGCGGCAGCAAGGACGUUAUGAACCAUCCAUGGUUUGCCGAAGUAACUUGGGAUCGGCUACAAAAGAAGGACAUUGAUGCACCCUAUGUGCCACCCGUGCGAGCCGGUGUUGGUGAUGCCAGUCAGUUUGAUAAGUAUCCGGAAGAGACGGAGGCAUACGGUCAGGCAGGGGACGACCCGUGCGUGCAGGCUCCUCCUUAUACUGUAGAUCACAUUCUGACGUGCCCGAAUAGCCACGGACACCUGUUUCCCGACUUUUAA